AUUGUCGAAAUUUCCAGGAAGCUCGCCUCUUCUUUUUAAAUCUAAGGUGCCAAGCAAGAAAAAUGUUUACACUCUCCAUCAGUCCUCUUUUUUGUUCCCACUUCCCCCAGCCUCUUCGAUAGGCUUGCAGAAGUCACGUCGGAGGACAAUUCUUUUUUCCCCAACUUCUUCGACAGUCUUGUACUUGUAGAGGCCUAGGUACAAGGACAAACAGGAUGGAAGCUCCUCUCCCACUCCCAGUUCAUUACACAAAGGCGCGGUGGUGCCCAAUAUCUUGGUUUUGCCACGCGUCUUAGUCCUUCGGUCCAAGUCAACGGAUGGUCUUGCAAGGGAUGUAUGAAACCGCAGACCGACAGCGAUCAUGGCCGUGAUGUAAGAUGCCUUCAAAAAAGGGCCGUGGUAUAAGAGGGCUGGUUGUGGUUAGCGUGUUGUGCUGCAAAGCCCUUAGUGUUAGUUACUAUGGCUCUUUCCUUUUCCUGCCUCAUAGUCCCCUUCUUCAUCUUCUUUGUUUUCCCCAAUCUUUCUUGCUCAUGCCCUGCGGCUCCUGUGUUUCCAUCAUGCGGCAAUGGUUCUAUUGAAGUAAGGUUUCCUUUCUACACAAACACCACCAAACCUGAAUGCAGAGGGCAUCAUAUGGUCUUCUGUGAUGGCUCCACACCUCUCAUCCGAUUUCAUGGGUAUGAGCGCUGGUACGUCUUGAAAACAAUCGACUACACUCUUCGUUUCACCAUAGUUCAAGACCAAGAGUUCGGCAAUUACUUGCAGAUACCAGACUGCAAUGUAGAUUACAAAUUUGAUCCUCCAAUUCCUCUAUCCGAGAAUUUGUUCCUUCCUCAGUCUGUCAGCCCGAACCAAUCAUUCUUCAAUUGCGAGCUGAGUGGUUAUAAUUCUUCUGCCGACAUCUUCCACGAAAUCUAUAAUCGUAGUCUGUGCAAAGAUUACCAGCUUCAAUUUUCCGAUAAAUUAGAGGAUGAAGGACCUGAUCAGAAGGAUUGUUGGGACAGUCCUAGCCCAUCGUUUGCAUGGACCCUAUUAUUCGGUGAAGAUGGUGAUGACCUUUCUCUCGUGCACGCCUUUUACUCGCAUCAACAGAACUGGACUCGAAGAUGCUUCGAACAUGGCACUCGAAGAGAUUCCAUAUGCCUAUGCAACAACAGAUGUGAAAAUGGAAAAAGCAAGACACGGAGGAAUAUUGCAAUAGGAGCAGGAGUUGGUAUGGGCGUGGGAGUCAUGCUCGUUGCAAGCUUAGUCUGCCUUUCCUGGCACAAGCUCAGGCAGAGGAAGCAGCGUUCAGCCUCUUCAAUCCUGCUUGGCCGAACUGCCUCUUCUGAGCCAUGCUUCAAGAACGACCCUGAAUUGGGCAAAACAGGGUACCAGACCACCAUCUUCACCUAUGAGGAACUUGAGGAGGCCACUAAUGGCUUUAGUGCUUCCAAAGAACUUGGUGAUGGUGGCUUCGGCACCGUCUACAAAGGAAAGCUCCGAGAUGGGCGUGUAGUUGCGGUCAAGCGACUGUAUGAGCACAACUACAAGCGUGUGGAGCAGUUCAUGAAUGAGGUUGAAAUCCUCUCCCGCCUUCACCAUCAGAACCUUGUCUCCCUCUACGGCUGCACCUCACGUCACAGCCGUGAACUCCUACUUGUGUAUGAGUAUGUGCCCAAUGGCACUGUCGCAGAUCACCUCCAUGGCCCUCGAGCACAGGAGGGAGCCCUUACAUGGCCUAUCCGGUUGAACAUUGCCAUCGAAACAGCUGAUGCGCUUGGCUACCUCCAUGCAGUUGAACCACAGAUUAUACACCGGGAUGUCAAGACCAACAAUAUCUUGCUUGACAACAGCUUCCAUGUGAAAGUAGCUGAUUUUGGGCUGUCACGACUCUUCCCGCUUGACGCAACCCAUGUAUCAACUGCUCCACAAGGCACCCCCGGCUACGUUGAUCCUGAGUACCACCAGUGCUACCAGCUCACUGACAAAAGUGAUGUCUACAGCUUCGGAGUAGUACUAGCAGAGCUCAUAUCAUCAAAACCGGCUGUCGAUACCAAUAGGACCCGUCAUGAGAUCAAUUUGGCUAACAUGACAACAAGUAAGGUCCAGAAUUGCCAACUUGACCAGUUGGUGGAUCCAAGUCUUGGAUAUCAGACAGAUUGGGAGAUGAAGACAAUGAUCACCCUGGUGGCUGAACUUGCAUUCAGGUGCUUGCAACUAGAGAGGGAGAUGAGACCAUCCAUUAAGGAGGUUCUAGAGGUGUUGAGAGAGAUAGAGAGUGGACAGUACAAGACUAAGAAAGUGCUGGAGACUGAUGUUCCAGUGAAGGAAGAUGCCAGCUUACUGAAAAAUACUCUCCCUUAUUCGCCGGAUUCUGUUACAGCGAGAUGGGAAAGCAGGUCGACGACACCUAACACUAGCGGGUGAGGUACUAUUCUCCUUCUCCCCAGAUAAAACUUGGAUGCUCUUCAUGGUGUGUAUUCUGUGUGGAUCAACGUAUGGAGACUUGGAGCGAUUAUAUCCUUGCAUUUAAUAAUUGAUGAGAUUGUACAUAGUAUAUAAAGUCUUCUUAUGCCAUAUAUAUAUAUAUAUACAUAUUUUAGUGAUAGAAUGUCAUGAAUUAGACUAUUAAUUUCUCUGUUCUUCAUAUUCCAGUAUCUGUUGUGUGAAAUUAAGAUAAUUUGGUUCUUUGUUAAA